AGAAUAGAGAGAUCGUGGUGCGAGUUUGUUGCCCGUUCUCGCUAUGUACUACCACUCGAGCUCGAUCCACAUAACUCCACGAACCCAACUCAUAAACCCCAACAACCCACGGCCUCUCCUCCAUUCCUUCUCUUCCUCUUCCUCCACCGCCGUCCGCUUGCCGCCGUCCACCGUCGACAUGAGGGCUCUCAUUUCCCGCGCCAAGAUGUUCGCCGGUAGCCCUAUCCUUACUCUCACCGCCGGGAGGACGGCUUCCUCCUCGACCACCGCGUCUCGCGCCUACAGCCUAAUCCCGAUGGUAAUCGAGCACUCCUCCCGCGGCGAGAGAGCCUACGAUAUCUUCUCGAGGCUACUCAAGGAGCGGAUCGUCUGUAUUAACGGCCCCAUCAACGACGACACCGCUCACGUUGUCGUCGCUCAGCUUCUCUUCCUCGAGUCCGAGAAUCCUUCCAAGCCUAUCCAUAUGUACCUCAACUCUCCCGGCGGCCAAGUAACCGCUGGUCUUGCUAUCUACGAUACCAUGCAGUACAUAAAGUCCCCAAUCAAUACAAUUUGCCUAGGCCAAGCUGCAUCAAUGGCUUCUCUGCUUCUGGCUGCUGGAGCUAAAGGCGAGAGGAAGUCACUUCCGAAUGCGACGAUAAUGAUCCAUCAACCAUCUGGUGGGUACAGUGGGCAAGCUGCAGAUAUUUCAAUCCACACGAAGCAGAUAAUUCGUGUUUGGGAUGCAUUGAAUGAGCUGUAUUCAAAGCAUACUGGCCAGAUGGUUGAUAUCAUCCAGAAGAAUAUGGACCGAGAUCAUUUCAUGACCCCUGAAGAGGCCAAGGAAUUUGGGAUCAUUGAUGAGGUGAUUGAUCAUCGACCGAUGAAUCUGGUUGCUGAUGCUGUUGCCGAGGAAGGCAAACAGAAGGGUUCAACUUCAAACUAAAAACUGGAUCAGGGAAUGGUGAAGUGUUUAAGCUUUUGAUUACUCUACUCUCUAUAAUGCACACGGGAAAGGUGAUAUACUUAUUGUGCCGGAACUCAGGCUUUCUUCUUCUUUUGUCAUCACCAUUAGGGGCAGCCGAUUCUUUUGUUCCAUAAGUUUUGUUGGUUAAGCAAAACUUGGAAUCCAGUCAGUCAAGCGUGUUUUUUAUAGGAACAGGCUGUAAGUUCAACUCUCGUUUCAGAAAUGUGAUGGAAGUCAGGCUAUAGUGAUUAUGGAAUCCAAGAAAUGUGAUGGUGUAGCCGCCAUUGAGGCUAACGAAAUCGAGUUUGCUCUCGUAUUUUAUGAACUUAAUCGCGUCCUCUUCGGGGUUUGUAGUCAGUUUGGUUCUUUCGCUUUUGGUUUGUGUGACUGCCAACAUGAAUCAGGCAAAUGAACUAGGCACCUAUGCGGCUUAUUUGGGUAUACCUCGAAUCUAGCCUGCAAUCAUUUGAUUGCAUGAUAUACUCCUUUCUACCAUAUUCUUUUGUCUUUGCAUUUCAGUCCCCGGUACUUGUUAUUGUGGACAACAAUCGUGAUUUGUCCUACUUAAAUGCCGGAUUUGGACGGUUUUGUUUGUACAUUUUUCGUCACAUAUUGGGAAGUCUGAACAAACAUUUGGAGGUUGUUCAUCGCCUCUUUGAGACGGGUAAAACUAGC